AUGGAUGGCCCCCGGAACCCUUCAACCAUCUUUUUUCAAUACGAACGCAUUCGGAGGUCAAUCAUAGCCUCUUACUGGAUAGUUAUCAUUUUAGCGAUACCCCUUUGGUGGCAAACUACCAGCAUUGAACGGCUAUCAUUACCUUCGUCGGAGGUGUAUGCCCAGGCAGAGGCACAUCGGGGGUUUCAGCUUCCCGUCCGAAUUAUUUUGGAUUCCGAGUUCACCAAACGAGACAAUUCACUUGCAUUAGAGGUUCAGACCGUGUUAAAAGACUCGAGUGCGCUUGAUAUACGAGUUAGUGGAUCUAGUGGACGUUCUGAAGGGGACUCAUAUCUCGUGCUACCGAGCGAGUCCCAGGAGAUUAGGGUAGAGGGAAGAGAACUGUUCUUUCCUCUCGAGAAGGCUUCAGCCUCGGUACUAGCAAAGACUCUCGCGUCAUUCAUACUUCCAGACAAAGAUCACCGCGUCGUGCAAUAUUCCCCUCGAUACCGACUCUCUUUCUCGCUUUUAAACGAAGACUCUUCUGGUGGUCAAGUCGUUGAGGCUUGGGAUGCCUCGAAUGGCAUAGCUCGUCAUAUAGAACCUAUCACUUCAGCUCUUUCUGUCCUUCAUAAUUUCACUAUAGAAUCGCAAGCGCAGUUUUAUGCGCCCCUAGCUUUCGAGCCUUUGAAGCUUUCGGAGGAUGAGGCUUAUGGGCUCACACCUGAGCAGCUUACUGUUUUUGUCAACUCUGCAGAAUGGACACUUUCAUCAAGCUCCUCAAACGACCCUGUCCUUCACUUCCUUCUUUUCGUUCCAUCCGCGAGCAGAAGACCCUUAAAGAUCCUCAACAAGGAAGGCAAACCGACCAACUCCAAUUCAUUCCUCAUUCCCCAAUGGGGUGGCAUCGUAAUAGCAAACUUACCGGAAUCACCCUCCAAAAUACGACUUUCCACAGACGACCUGAAGUCAUCCUUCACCACCUUUUCCCAACAACUUCUCACCCUUCUCGGUGUUCCGCGACUUUCAUCUGGCGCUGUUCGCUCUCGACAGCAGCCGACUGGAUGGCAAAUUGACGCAUUACUACGGUAUCGCGCCAUCGAGAAUGUGGUGCGCACAAGUGACACGUUGCGUAGUACCGUUAGCCUGGUGGAACAGAUACCUAACAUGCCCGUUGGAGAGAAAGUUCGUAACGAUGUACGAGAUGCGUUGAAAGCCCUGAAAUCGCUCUCUUCCUCGUCGAAUAUGACUUUGACUGGCAUUUUGGCAACGUCCCGCGAUGCGUUAACACUAUCUCAAAAAGCCUUCUUUCAUCCGGGGAUGUUAGCGUUGUUAUAUUUCCCGGUUGAACAUAAGUAUGCGGUUUAUACUCCGUUGUUUGCCAGUGCGAUUAUUCCGUUGGUUGUAGCUGCGAUGAGAGAGGUUGUGGCGUGGAGAAAGCAGAGGAGGGGAGUACAGGUUCCUCAGGGUUGA